AUGAGUUCAGUAGCUUUAUUCGUUAUUACACUUACUAUUGGUAUUUUUUUUAUUCUUAUUGGUCAAUUUAAAGUUACAUCGAAAUUUUUUCCUGAUAUACAUGAAGAUAUGAGACAUGAAUUUGGACGUAUUAAUAAAGUAUUUCCAUUUUAUAAAAUAACUGGUUGGCGUCCAUAUGCUAAAAAUUAUCGAAUGACUAUUGGUAUUAUUGAAAUUAUUUGCGGAAUUAUUUUAGUUGUUGGACCAGGACGACUGAAACAAUUGGCGAAUAGUGUACUUUUAAUGUUAAUGUUAGGUGCUGUUUAUACACAUUAUGCUUUACAUGAUAAACUUGAUCGUAUGGCACCUGGAAUUAUUUUUGGUUUACUUUUAUUCACACGUCUAAUUAUUUGUGCACAAGAAAAACGUUCGAGAAAUGAGCAAUCAACUAAAUUUACCAAUGAAGAAAAAGAUAAUCAACAAGAAUUUACAGAUGAAAAGAAAAAUGAUUAA